AUGGAACUUCGAAAUCCACAAUAUUACACUUCUGCUGCCCGUAGUCGAAGUGUUGGACCAACUAUAAUUCCGCCCCCGGUUGAUGCAUCCGCUUAUCCUCUUGUCACAGACCUGUCAAAAGGUCUUCGAAGUGUACGCACAAAUGAUGGCAAAAUUGCUGCCAUAGUCCAAGCACUUCCACCAAAGAAGUUUAUUCUUGGCCGAGUGGCGUCGAAUGAGGACAUCUGCAUCGAAACAGAGACGCCUUUCGCCUUAAGUAUCGCGGCAAAAGGCAAACAAAUCUGCAUUUCAAAGGUAGCCUCCGCUGAUGAUCUCCAGAGGUCUGUGAUAACAAAUGCUUUUAGUUCUGAGAUGGUCAAUCAAAGCAAACCGGAAGAGGGUAUUCCAGUGUCGUUACGACUGACUUUUGGUUCUACACCUUGUGUGAAUUCCAUAGCAUCACACUCGGCCGCACGAGAGUCCUCGUUGAGUAAGACCUUCCGUUCAGUUCUCCACAUCAACAUGACUGGGGGCGGAGGGCCCUCAACAACAUCCAAUCUCCAAAGGCCUCUUCAACGCCCGCCAUUGCCCUUGACAAGUGCUGCUACUCUUAGAGGUAGCCUUCCAUCUCUACCAAAACCACCGAAUCGAAGCCCCUCGGCUGUGCAAACGGCAAAUAUAACCUUUUUUGAGCAGGAUAUUUGA